AUGGAUGGAAUUUCAAGAUAUUUUAAAUACUUUGUUGCUGGCAUGACGUUUCUUGGAUCAUUCCAAUGUAAUCUUUUAUACCUUUCAGAUUAUCCAGAUGGAUCAAAGGAAUAUGUCCCAAAUCCAUCAGAUUAUGGGAUUCCAAAAUACGAAGAUGUUGAAUUAAUCACACAGGAUAAAGUAAAAAUCCGAAUUUAUGUUUUGCAACAAAUUAAUGAACAAAUAGCUUUUAGGCGACCUACUAUUUUAACUUUUCAUGGCAAUGCAGGAAACGUUGGACAUUGCAUACCGAUUGCUGAGCGAUUCUAUAAUGAUUUCAGAUGUAAUGUUGUGAUGCUAUCUUAUAGAGGGUAUGGUCGUAGUGAAGGAACCCCAUCAGAGAAGGGCCUCAAGAUUGAUGCACAGACGGCGUUGAAUUACAUUUGUAAUCAUGAAAUACUUAAAAAGACAAAAAUUAUUUUAUAUGGCCAAUCACUUGGCGGUGCUGUGGCAAUUGACCUAGUUUCAAAGAACGAAAGCAAGGUAGCCGGUCUAAUAGUCGAAAACACUUUCCUGAGUAUCCCAAAAUUAGUACCGCAUGUAGUUCCUCAGCUCCGAUACUUUUCGUUUUUAUGUACACAAAAAUGGGAAUCUGAAAAAGCCAUAAAACAUAUAAAAAAUAUUCCGAUUUUAUUUCUUUCUGGAACUGACGAUGAACUUAUUCCAAAAGAGCACGUGAGGAAAUUGUAUGAUUCAGUAGAAGGAAAUAGAAAGGAGCUCCGAGAUUUUCCGAAUGGUAAACAUGGGGAUACUGUCGCUCAACCGGGUUAUUUUGAAGCUAUUUGGGAAUUUUUGAUAAAAGAGAGAUUAGCUACUAUUGAUUGA